AUGGCUGGUUUGCAAAGAUCUGCUGUGUCUUUCAGGAGGCAAGGUUCUUCAGGGCUUAUAUGGGAUGAUAAGCUUAUCAAGGAAGAGCUAAACCAAGCCAACGAAAAGCAAGAACACGAAGAACAAGAAGCACACACAGAAAUCAAGCUAGAGAAAGAUGUAAGGCCAUCUUUAAGAUCAUCAACGACGCCCCACAUCACCAUAGAGAGAAGUCGAUCCAACGGUGGACAACGUGGCUACCGCACCGGCAGGGUGUCUCCGGCAAUAGAGCCUCCCUCUCCAAAGGUGUCUGCAUGUGGGUUUUGUGGUGCUUUCGGAAAACCAGCAAAAAAUCAUCGGAAAAAAGCCGGUAUGGGUAGAUCUCGAUAG